CGUGGUAAACUGAGUGCGAGGCGGACGGAAACGAAGAGAAGUGGGGGGGGGGGGCGCGAGUCGCCGCGUCUUGAGCCGCAUCGAGCCGCCCCCUCCCUGCGCUGCGUUCCGUGGGGGCCCCCGGGGUCAUUGAGCACGCGGGGACGGCUCCGGUGGGUGGCCGGUUAGAACACAUUGAGGCUGGCCUGCCUACGAACCAUCCUGGGUUUAUCCAGGCUGGAUUCUGUGAGGAGCUCACAAAUCCUUGAAAGAUCUGGACACGGUCCCAUCAGUGAGCUCCUCCGACAGUGAGCCAGGAUUUCCUCUGGAAAUGGGGCUGCUGUCGCGCGUGGCGCUCGGCCUGGUGCGUGGCGCCGACCGCACCUCACCGUUUACGAGCAAACGCGGCCCGCGAGACUUCUACAAGGGCCGCGGGGCACGCAUCGCCGGGCGUCACACGCCCUCGGGGAAGUUCGUGCCGGUGCGGGAGAUGAUCCCGGAGCUGGUCGUGCCGGACUUGACCGGCUUCACGCUGCGGCCGUACGUUUCGUACCGGGCGCCCCCCGGCUCGACGGCACCACCCACUGCACAGAGCCUCUUCGAUGCCGUGGUGGCGCCCGACAUGGAGCGCGACAUCAAGGCCGGAGCCUUCGACCCGGACGCGCUCGAGAAGUACGGGUUUGAGCCAUCGCAGAGCGGGAAACUUUUCCAACUCUACCCUAAGAACUUCCCGCGGUGAUCUCCCUCCCCGCCUGCCCUGCCCGCGGUUCUCCUUGGUUCCUGCGAAAUGAAUAAACAAAACGUUUGUCUCCA